AGAGCAUCCAACUUGAUCAAUUGUACCCUCUAUCCAGAGAGAGAGAGAGCUCUCCUGCGGCUCAUCAACCUCGAAACAAGGGAACCCGUUUGUAGUUCUUGAAUUGAGUCUUCCUGCUACUUCGUUUCAAUUAGGCUCAAAUUCUCUCUCUCAUCGACGAGCGACGAGGACCGCGGUUGGUGAAGCCGUGAGGGCGCAAGAUCCCAUUUUCCUAGUGCAUGGUUGGCACCUGCCUUACGACCAGUCUUCCCUCAGGCCCGUCGAGGUACAUCGUAACCAAUUUGGAAGGAGGCCACAGACAACAACACAGAGUUACCCGUGCCUUACUUGUUACCAGCUUUUGGUAUUGCACCUACCCAUCUCCGACUCCUGGGCGAAUCGAGCAGACUUGAGAAGCCUCAGGAUAUUGAAUCUGAGAACCAACAUGAUGAACCGCGCGCUCUCCAUUCGCUCGUCAAACCGCUCGUCCAGCGGCACGGCCAACCCCACCUCCACCACCUCAAGCCACCAGUCGGGCGCCUCUCACCACCGUAAACUCUUCUCCUUCCACUCCCUGCGCGACGCAACCCAUCCGCCCCUCUCCAAGCGCCUCCACCGCCUGAUCAAGUCGGAAAACAUACUCGUGUCGGCUUACGAGACGGCCGCGCGCGAACGCAUCUCCAUCGCCACGCAGCUCUCGGAAUGGGGCGAGCAACGCCAGCAACCACAGCAGCAGCAGCAGCAUCCAGCAUCAUCUACCUCCCCACAGGACGGUAGCGGCGGAGGCGCGGGGGCCGAUCCGGCGGUGUCGGACAUCAGCGACAAGAUCGGCGUGCUGCUGUCGGAGCUGGGCGAGCAGGAGGAGGCGUACGCGGCGCGGCUGGACGAGAGCCGGGCGGCGCUCAAGGUGGUGCGCGACACGGAGCGCAGCGUGCAGCCGAGCCGGGACGGCAAGCACCGCGUCGCCGACGAGAUCCACCGGCUCAAGGCCCGCGAGCCCCAGAGCGCCCGGCUCGUCACGCUCGAGCAGGAGCUGGUCCGCGCCGAGGCGGAGAACCUGGUUGCCGAGGCGCAGCUGGGGAACGUGACCAGGCAGAAACUCAAGGAGGCGUAUACCCUCGACUUCCUCGCCACCAUCGAGCGGGCCGAGAAGCAAGCCAUCCUGGCGCGGCACGGCCUGAGGCUGUUGCAGCUGUUGAAUGACACGCCCGUAGUGCCCGGGGAUGUGCGGCCCCCGUAUACGCACGCGGCGCAGGCGAGACAGGUCCUGAACGAUGCCGAGGAUGACCUGCGGGAGUGGCGACUGGAUACCGGGUUUCUGGGCGACGAUGGGACCGUCGAUGUGGAGAGUGGCGGACAUGCGAUGCCCAGUGCCGAGGAGAAGGGGAAGCAGAAGGAGACGCCGCAGGAACAACAGAAGCUGGCAGAUCCGGGUGGCGUGGCCGAGACAAACAGGGAGAAUGUGCCAGAUGCGGAUGGUGGUAGUUUGGGCGGCCAAUAUUGAGGGCGAUUGGAGAUUAAAGAGAACAAAAUCAACGGAUAGGUAUGCGUUUGGUAUCGUUGGUGGUCGAUCACUUAAUACCUAAGGUGCUCAUGUUAUUCUCCUGACACACAGGGUGUCUUCUAUUUGCAAAGCAUAAAACAACACAAAUCAAGAAAGCACA